AAAUGGAAAAAGAAGAGGCGAAAAAGGAAACAACAACUACUGAACAUGAAACUACAGGCUGCGGACCAUUCAACGUAACGUAUUCUGAGUCUGCUCCAAGUUUUAUAGUUUCGGAAACGUCUUCGUUUUAUAGCACUGGGUGCAAAAUAAGUGGCAAUUGUUGGACAAGAAAACAGUGUUAUGAUUGUCUUGAAGGCCCUAACAGAGAUAGAGUCGGGAAUCUCAACCAUAUACCUGUGUGCUGUCCAGACUGUGCGAGAUACGGACUUUCGCUGUCAUGGUCCAGCUGUAACUGUAAUAACCGCGGACUCUGAGCUUACAGAUGUUUUUAGAAAGAACAGCAGUGCCAAAGGCUCUUGUGAUAAUAUAUCUUUAAGCGCAUUUGUGACGAACAAUAGCAUAUAAAUUCAAAUUUAUCAUAUGAAUAAAAUGUUCAUUUUGUAUCCAUAAGCUAAAAUAUUUAAAUAUUAUUUUUGAUUUGUACUUAAAUUAAAUUUCUUGUAUACA